AAAGGACGAAACUGGCAUCAGAACGCUUCAGAACAGGGCCGUACCCUCCUGCCCCAAUAUCUUCUCAAAACCUAUUCACAACGGUCACCAAUGGCACUUAAACCCCUCACCUCCGUCUUCCUCUCUCCUCUGUCCCUUCCCUACAGCCCCUCAAACCCCACCCCCAAAUUCUCCAGUUUUUACACAAAACCAACUCCCAUCUCAUGCCAAACCCAAGCCCGUCAACAAGCAGCCCCUACCUCCGACCCUUACCGUCCAGAAUCCGAUGGUUUAGGACCAGCAGCCCCGACCCGAGGCGACCUAUUCCUCGAGCAUCAUCAAUCCGUGGCUGCUUCCGAGGUCGUGUUCAAUGCGAAUAAAAAGAAGAAGAAGGUGAAGUUUAGUGGGUCUUGGAAGGCUUCUGCUGCGAGUGCUUGUUAUGGUUGCGGAGCUCCAUUGCAGACUUUGGAAACUGAUGCUCCUGGUUAUGUUGAUCCGGAAACGUAUGAAUUGAAGAAGAAACACCGCCAGCUUAGAACCGUUCUUUGUGGGAGGUGCCGGCUUUUGUCUCAUGGGCAAAUGAUUACUGCUGUUGGUGGACAUGGAGGUUAUUCUGGUGGGAAGCAGUUUAUUUCAGCUGAGGAGCUCCGAGAGAAGUUAUCUCACCUGAGACAUGAGAAAGCCUUAAUCGUUAAACUGGUUGAUAUUGUGGACUUCAAUGGAAGUUUUUUGGCUCGUGUUCGUGAUCUUGCUGGUGCUAAUCCAAUAAUAUUAGUUGUAACAAAGGUUGAUCUCCUUCCUAAAGAGACUGAUCUUAAUUGUGUGGGUGAUUGGGUUGUUGAGGCGACCAUGAAGAAGAAGCUUAAUGUUCUGAGUGUCCAUCUGACAAGUUCAAAAUCUCUGGUUGGAAUUUCUGGAGUUGCAUCAGAAAUUCAGAAGGAGAAAAAGGGUCGGGACGUGUACAUUCUGGGCUCAGCUAAUGUUGGAAAAUCUGCAUUCAUCAAUGCUCUACUAAAGAUGAUGGCCCAAAGGGAUCCAGCUGCUGCAGCAGCACAAAGAUACAAGCCGAUACAAUCUGCUGUUCCUGGAACUACCUUAGGUCCAAUUCAAAUUGAUGCUUUCCUAGGUGGAGGGAAAUUAUAUGACACACCUGGCGUUCAUCUUCAUCAUAGGCAAGCUGCUGUUGUUCAUUCUGAAGACCUACCUGCCCUUGCUCCUCGAAGUCGCCUCAGGGGCCAAUGCUUUCCUAAUUUUCAAGUGGCCUUUGAUGAUAGUACAUUGAGCAGAAUUAAAUCUAAUGGACUGAAUGGGUUUUCAAUAUUCUGGGGAGGUCUUGUGAGAAUUGAUAUUGUGAAGGUUCUCCCACAGACAAGAUUGACAUUCUACGGGCCUAAGGCAUUAAAUAUUCAUAUGGUGCCGACGGACAAAGCAGAUGAAUUUUACCAGAAAGAACUUGGAGUUCUUUUGACACCGCCAACUGGAAAACAGAGAGCAGAAGACUGGUUAGAGCUUGAAACAGAGCGCCAACUGCAAAUAAAAUUUGAAGAUAGUGACAGGCCUGCAUGUGAUUUGGCAAUCUCGGGCCUAGGAUGGAUUGCUGUUGAACCAAUAGGCAGAUCACUCAGAACUUCUGAUUCAGAUUUAGAAGAAACUGCCAAACAACUGCAGUUAUCCAUUCGAGUUCCGAAGCCGGUGGAGAUAUUUUUAAGGCCUCCAAUUCCAGUGGGGAAGGGUGGAGGAGAGUGGUACCAGUACCGGGAAUUGACUGAGAAAGAAGUGGAAGUGAGACCACAAUGGUAUUUCUGAUUCUGCUGAUUUUGUUAGCUGUUUGUGUAUAAUGAACUUGAAAGAGUUCCAUUUUUUCCAUAUAGAAAGAAAAUGAGAGGAAUGUAUUGUAUUAUGAUUUCCAUGACCUAGAAAAGGGAGAACAAUUUUCAUAGUCC